GUAUCUAAUAUUGCUCACGUGACACAUCCAGCCAAGCGAAAUCUUGCCAAAUAGCCCCCGUAACCCCAAUCCCCUAACAGCUGUUUGCUGACUGGAUGCGGGGGGUCACCUUACUAUCUUCGCUAUCUUGUCGAGCAAAUGCAAUCUUCCUCUCUCUUUUAUUCUCUCUCUCUCUCCCUCUCUCUCCCUCUCUCUCUUUAUCUCUCUCUUUCUUCGACGCCAUUGCCGAGAGCGUUGUGGAGAGUUUGUUGUGUCAAGAAGCAGGCGUCCAUUAUCAUCCCAGCUCCAAAAAGCGUCCUGAUAACUCCAAAAACCGAUGUACGCUCUCACUUUCACUCUCACAGACUAACCGUAUCUUCUUGGUCCUACAAACAAACAGCCGGGGGGACACAACGGGAGCGGGAGAGAAAACGCAUGGCACACUCUCAGCAAUUUUCCACCCAACCGAUAGCACGCUUGCUACGGUGCGGCAUCGCGGUCCUGACCACCGUGUGGCCACAGUUGUCGUCGGCCUUUCGUAUCAACCGGGAGCAAAUUUCGGUAAAAACAUUUCGUGCUUCACUCACCGUACAACGGCAGACGCAAUCACACGCGAAGCUUUUCUGUGCACGGUCGUUGCUAUAAGUGGUAUAUCUUUCUCAAAAAUAAUAAAACACACCCACACGGUAUUGCCCGCAGUAUCAUUGUCAACAGUGUGUUUCACAGCACCAGCAGCGAGUGUUUGUGCUUUUUGUUUUCCUUUGUACGUUAAACCAACAGCCAACAAACAUGGCAGCGCAUGACAGCGGUGAAAUAAACCAUCGCAACACAAGGUCACGCAGUGAAAUGCGCCACCGGCACAGCUAAGCCAUUAUUUGCAAGAACAGUGAAAAUGCAGCAAACAAAAAAGUGAAACAGCAGCGCCUCGUUGUAUCGCUACAAACAAUGUGAGAACGGCUGUGAUUUAAUCAAAUGUGGUGUCGGACAACGGACCACGAGAGACCAAAGAAUCAUCUGUUUCACCACGGAUUAAAACGAACCCUGCGGUGGGAAAUGUGUGCCGGGAAAAAAAUGUGAAACGAUCGGGCAAAAUAAAUAACGAAAGGCGAUUUUUCUAUCACACCUUGGGCAUCAGUGGUAACCAGUGGCGGCGAGAGAUUCUCAUUGUCGGUGUUUUUUUUUUGUUUUUCAUCGCUAUCAAAUAAUCCCUAAAUCGUUUCGAGUAUAAAUCAUCCCGUAUCCCGUCGGUUGCGAUGACGAACGAGUCUAAAAUUACGCCAACCGAGCUACCGGGGCUGCAUCAUCAGCUGCCGAUGCUGAUGCCCGACGGGACGUUGGGCAACAGCUCUUGGACGGAUCUGCUGAACUAUACCUUCGAAAAUGAGGCGCUCUAUCACGUCAACACAUCAACCAUCGAGCGAAUCGUCUCGCUGAUGGUGCCAGUAUUCUUUGGCUUCAUCGGACUCGCCGGCCUGCUCGGCAAUGGGUUGGUUGUGUUGGUGGUUGCCGCGAACCAGAGCAUGCGAUCGACCACCAACUUGCUGAUCAUCAACCUGGCAGCGGCUGACUUGCUGUUCGUCGUGUUCUGCGUGCCUUUCACUGCCGUCGACUACGUGUUGCCCGAGUGGCCCUUCGGAGAGUAUUGGUGCAAGUUUGUCCAGUACAUGAUCGUCGUCACGGCACAUGCCAGCGCGUACACACUCGUCCUGAUGUCGCUGGAUCGGUUCCUGGCAGUGGUACAUCCCAUCACCAGCAUGUCCAUUCGUACCGAGCGAAAUGCUUCACUUGCUAUUUGCUUGACGUGGUUUGUCAUCCUAACGACGGCCAUACCGGUGGCCAUCUCGCACGGAGUGCUGUUCUAUCCACGCCAGGGUGGCUAUUAUACGGCAUGCCUUUUUCUUCACAAUGAAGGCUACAGCUUAGUUGCCUUUCAUGUGUCAUUUUUCCUGUCAUCGUACGUGGUGCCCCUGUCGCUAAUAUCCUUCCUGUACAUGGGCAUGCUGGCACGGCUAUGGAAAGGUGCCCCCGGAGGCCGUGCCUCGGCAGAAUCCAGGAGGGGCAAGAAGCGUGUAACCCGAAUGGUGGUCGUCGUGGUGCUGGUCUUUGCCUUCUGCUGGUGUCCAAUACAGGUGAUCCUGCUGCUAAAGUCACUGAAGCUGUACGGGCUGACCCACGCCAGCAUCAUCUUUCAGAUCGUGUCGCACGUGCUGGCCUACACCAACUCCUGCAUCAAUCCCGUACUGUACGCCUUCCUGUCGGACAACUUCCGGAAAGCGUUUCGCAAGGUGAGCAAGGUUGUCUGGUGCGGUAAGCCUCCGCCACCAACCAUCCCGCCCGCGGCCCAAACCAAGACGACGCGCACCACCGGCAACGGCACCUCGAACGCGGACGCCUUAUGAGCCGAGGAGCCGGCCGUCGGCGAGGCCAGAUUUAUGGUGGAGAAGUACAUCGAAAUCGCGAGUGUCUGAGCGACGGCCCCCGGCCAGCCCGGCCAGUCCGCGCGUGCCGAACGGUUCGACUUUUGCUGAAGCGGUCCCGCAGCUCCCGAGCGGCGGCAUCAGGAGGGAGGCCGAUCGGCCUCCUGCUAGUGAAACAUGUCUGUAAAUAUUAAUUUUCUUCUGACUUGUGUUUCGUUUUUACGGCAUGUACACACACACGCACACACAGCUGCUGCUAGAUAAAUAUACUUCCCCGUUUGAAGGCACGAGCGAGUGUUUGCCUCCUGCCAAGUGUGUGUGUGUGUGCAUCUGCCAGCUCCACCUUAGGUGGUGAUACUUACCGGCCUCGCGCAUAACUUCCACACGCACGACCUCCAUCCCAGCCCCAAAUAUAGAAGCCAAGCGAAAGUAUAGCCCCCCAGCUUUUGUCCAUACCGACCCACACUUCUCGGAACACUCCACGAGACACCGCGAAAUUCAUUUGCACUUCGGGCACAACGACUUCGAACAUCUCAGCUAUCAGCCCCCCUGGGAUGCUUCGGAAUGGCCAAACCCUCCCCGAAGUGGUCCGGUGGUCUCGCGGUGCUCGCUGGACUGUCGCUCUUCCCCCCGCUCGCUCCGAACCAUCGCCCUCGGCUUCGUGGUUUUUUUUUUUGCGUGAUCGCUGGCCCCAACGCAAAACGCAAAACCCCGCGCGGGUGAUUGAUUUCGGUGGCAAUCAACCGGUGGCGAAUGUGAUUGCGUCAAACUUGUCCGGACCGCUCCCGUUGGCUUUGCUGUAAUAGCAGCAGUGCUGACCUUCGCCGAGCCGGACUCAGUGGUCGUUCGGUGCGUCAAACAACCGCAGCAUCCGCUGCUUCUUCACCGCAGGGAAGAACGCUGAGAGCGCACCGCCGUCAAACAAACAAACAAACAAACCCGGCGCUCGCGCGCUCGUUUACUUGGGAACUUGGCCACCGCUCGGUGUGCUUCGCCGUGUUCCCGGGAAGACCUGCGGUUGACAGGUCGAGUGACCGAGUGACGCGUUGCUGUAUGUGGUUGGCCCUUACAGUGACACACGCGCAAACGCACGCUCGUCUGUCCAUUUCAUUACGUGCUCCUUACCGCCCACUGGGAGCAUCUAAUGAUAUUGUUUGAUGGGCAUGUAUGUGUGUGAGUGUGUAUCAUGGCCACCACUAAAUUGAAACCGUUGCAAUAACGGCAACAUAAUCAUAAUCCGAAACGCCGGAUUUCUAAUCAGUAUAGGCGCUGCAAAUGUCUUCUCCUCCGCCCCGGGGUUGCCCUUAGCAACUGGUGACAUCGGGGAAGAUGUGCCACCCCGGAGAUUGUGAGACAUUUGAUUUAGUGUUUAAGUACGUGUGUGUGUGUGUGUGUGUUUUCGUUUGAGUGAUAGUGUGGCGCCGCCUGUCCCAGCAGAUCGAUGAUUUCUAAUUAUAAGCCUAUUAAGCAGUAAAGUUCCCGGUCCCUUUUGAGUUGCGCUCCGACGAAAUUACCCGGCCACCGGGCAGCAGAACCUGUGCGGUGCUGCAGUGUCGGUUCGGUUUGCAGGCACCUGCGAGGGGGAAGAGGGAGUGGACCGAUUAGCAAAUCGUUCAACAUGGCCGAACCGAAAAGUGAUUAGCGUGUAUCGAUGCACAACGCGGCCGUGCGAUUAAUCGCCGCCAGCGGGCCCAAUUUUGAAUGCUCAAGCAACCGUUGUUGAACGCACUAAUCGCCCUGCGGUGUUAAAUGAUGUGUUUCUGUAUGUGUGUGUGUGUGUGUGUGUGUGACUCCAUUCGGACAUAACGUCGCCCCAGGUGUUUCGGGCGGCAUUAGUCGAAGAUUUGUCCGCUCUACUAGUAGUUCUUCGGGGUCUUGGAAGUUCAGGAACAUCCGGCUCGCCACAACCUGCUGGGGCAAUGGUGCAUUUUAUGAGGCUACAGAUCAUUAGUUCACAUGCGCUAUUGGCGAUACUCAUGGCCAUGCUGUGCCAACCGGCUGACGUCAGUCCGACAUAGUUGAUGUGCGACGGCGAACGAUGUUGAAGCAUGGCGGGUCUCUUUUAUUUGAACCCUUGGAAAGAGACGGAACUGACAGAGAAUAUUAAUUUGACACAAAAACUCUCUCACACACACAGACACACACAAAUUUGCUAUUGACGUACUCGCAGGUAACGUAAUACACUUAUCCGCGCCUGUCCUACGAUUUUUAACCUUAAACGGCGCUCCUUUUGUAAUGGUGCACUGGUACGAGAAGUGGCUAGAAACUGUACAUAUUAAAAUCAGGCAUGUAAUCUCCGAUCCGAACAGUCGAACAGUGAACAGCUUCACUCCGAAACGUGCGUACCUUCCGGUUGUUAGUUGUUGUUGAAAUUAUUGCGUCCCGAUCCCGGCGCGAUUCGUUUGGCGGUUCUUGUUACGCAAACUGUUACGUGCACAACUGGAAGGCAUUGUUGGACCAGUUUCUGGAGCUGGAGGCACGAGUACACGAGAUAGUGUAGUUUAAUCCCGUUUAGAUGAUGGUGUUUUUUCAAUGCAUAAAUGGAAGAUUUUUAACUUGUACUAACUAAUUGAGAAUAUUAUAAAUUUAAGCGAUUGUGUCAAAUGUUUACUACACCGUGCUAAGCACGUUAAGCAAAUGUGUAUGAUACAUUUUUUAAAGAAUUACUAUAUCUGAAAUGUAAAAUAUUUGCUGUACUGUAAGUCCGUUUCUCCAUUGUAUCGAUGUAAAAAUGCAAACCGCAUUCUCUUCUGUGUACAAAAAAAAAUAAUGUAUGUUUUUAGACUAUGAAUUUAUUAAUAAAUUUACUCCACUUUUUAC